AUGGGGAGACAGGAGUCAGCAGAGAAAGUUGGCAGAGGUCACCCACAGAGCAAUAAGCAAGAGGAACACACACUCACAGCAUGGAUGCAGCCAGUGUGUGCAACCGCAGAUCAGGUUGUCGUGGCUCCUACAGAUGCUUCACAGGACGCUGAGGACGAGGACGAGGUGACCACUAUGUCAGUCUCUAUGGUAACAGACCCGUACCCGUCCAUCGACUGGUCAGUGGUUUCUGUGGCCUCUCCGGGCGCUAAUGUCACAGCGUGGGAGCGGGAUGCCUUGCUGGCCAAAGCAGAGGUGGUGGUUCUAGCAGCCAUCUUGGUGAUGGCGUUGCUCAGCAACGGGCUGGUGCUGGUCGUGUUGCUACGGAAGCAACAACACCAUAACCCGCUGCACCAGUGCAUGCUCAACCUCUGUCUGUCUGACCUAGUGGUGGCACUGUUCCAGGUGUUGCCUCAGUUGGUCUGGGAUGCCAAUGGCCGCUUUCCUGGCCCCGACUUUCUGUGUCGCCUGGUGAAGUACCUGCAGGUCCUUGGGAUGUUCGCCUCCUCCUACAUGAUAGUUGCCAUGACAAUGGACCGCCACUACGCCAUUUGCUGCCCCCUGCAGGCACACCGCAGUGGCGCUACCCAACGCUGGAAUACCUUCAUACUGCUGGCCUGGGGGCUGUCGCUGCUGCUCAGCCUGCCACAGGUUUUCAUCUUCUCCCGUUCAGAAGUGGCUCCAGGGGUGUAUGAGUGUUGGGGUAACUUUGAUGAGUCGUGGGGCCUGAAAGCGUACGUGACCUGGAUGACGCUCGCCGUCUUCAUCCUCCCCGUGCUCAUCAUUACUGUCUGUCAGGUGCGAAUCUUCAAAGAGAUCCACAACAAUCUGUACCUGAAGUCAGAGCGCCGCAUGUCGCCCGCCUUGCACCCUCCAUCCAGAGGGGGGGGCAGUAACAGGGCGUCCAGUCUCUCGCUGUAUGUUUCUCCACCCAUGUACAACAAUAACUCUAAGCUCAGAUCCGCAAAUCAGCACCUGCCCCUGGGUCCGCUCAGAUCCAACAGCAUCAACUCAAACAGUGACGAUCACACAGCUCGACAUCCUGGUACGAGCAGUACUGCACCUGAACCGGUAGCGCCCUUUGCUGUCUGCUCCCUGCCAAAAGCCCCCACAUGUCGAGGUGGAGAAGUGUCAGCGGCCAUGUCGAAGACGGUGAGGAUGACACUGGUCAUCGUCAUCGUCUACUCGCUGUGCUGGGCCCCGUUCUUCAGUGUGCAGCUGUGGGCCGCCUGGGACCCUGACCCCCCUCAGAACGGUGCAGUGUUCACCUUGCUCAUGUUGUUGGCCAGUCUCAACUCGUGCACAAACCCAUGGAUCUACUCUGCGUUCUCCAGCAGUGUGUCUCUGGAGGUCCGGCUGCUGUUUUGUCGCACUCAGCGUCGAGGCUCUUUAGCCAAUGACUCCACCACCACGCACAACUCCAACUACUGA